CCUGCCCACCCCUAAGCUGUCUGCCAGGUGAAAGCAACAGCACACGCCGAGGCCCGAGCAGCAUCCCUUCUGGCCCUGCCCAACCAGCCCCCUAAAACACCCCAGAAGAAGAAGACGACGAAGGCUCCACACCCACGGGCCAGCGCUGGGGACCUGCUGGCCAGCGACACCCUCAGCCCCAACACUGCCAGGACAACACCUCCACCACCGCCGCCGGGAAGUCUUAACCUUCUCAUGCAGCAGAAGUAGAGCUCUCACGGGCACGUCCACCCUCGACCACGACCACGGACCCUAGGCCUCCGGUGUGUGGAGGAAAAGAGAACAAGGAAAGAACGAGGACAACAACAACACACUCAGCCGCCGCAAAGGUUGGGGCCGCCUCACCUGCAGGGCUGGACAGCAGCAUGAGUGGCCAGGACAAGCAGGAGCAGACUGCUGCAGGGGGCAGGAGGGUCAGUGGUCACCAGAUGAAGCAACUUGCUGCUGGCAACUCCAGCAACAAAGGAGAGAGGAAGUUUGUGUGUCUGGAGUGUGGAAAAGAAUUAACCACAUGGCAUGGCCUCAGAUAUCACACCCUUACACACACUGGUGUGAAGAACUAUGAAUGUAAGGAAUGUGGGAAACAAUUCAUCCAGAAGAGUCACCUUGAUAGACACACCCUUACACACACUGGUGUGAAGAACUAUGAAUAAGGACAAGCAGGACCCGGACGGUGACAUCAUUAUGAGGCUUGAGUACGGUCUCCUGAACUCCUCGUCCCUGGAGCUGAUUGAGCGUGUGAAGCAGUUUGCCAACCUGGUCCUGGCCCUCAUGAUGCUGUUCGCCAGGUACAAUCACUGGAUGGUGGGCGACAAGUUUGAGAGACUCGCCCCCUCACUGCCAAGAAGUUACCCGCCGCAGCCGCCGAAGGGAAGGACAGAGGAACAGCCGCCAACUCCAUCGCUGGCGGCUCCACAUCUACUCUCGUCUCCUCCUCCUCCUCCUCCUGCUCCUCCUCUCUCAACAUGGACGGUCGAAAAAGGAUGUUUAGUGUGGAGGUGUUUGAUUGGGAAGGACAAGCAGGACCCGGACGGUGACAUCAUUAUGAGGCUUGAGUACGGUCUCCUGAACUCCUCGUCCCUGGAGCUGAUUGAGCGUGUGAAGCAGUUUGCCAACCUGGUCCUGGCCCUCAUGAUGCUGUUCGCCAGGUACAAUCACUGGAUGGUGGCCGACAAGUUUGAGAGACUCGCCCCCUCACUGGUGUUCUUCAUGCUAACCUGCCGGCUCAUCGCUGAGUACCAAAUCCACCGGAAGAAGAUGGACAAGGCGGCGGCAGCGGCCAAGAAGUCACCCGUCGCAGCCGCUGAAGGGAAGGACGGAGGAACAGCCGCCAACUCCAUCGCUGGCGGCUCCACGUCUACUCUCGUCUCCUCCUCCUCCUCCUCGCCCUCCUCCUCCUGCUCCUCUCAACAUGGACGGUCGAAGGAGGAUGUUUAGUGUGGAGGUGUUUGAUUGGGCCUGAAGCAGGAAGACAGAAGCUUAAUGAAGAAGACUGGUGAGGGCCCCCGCCAUCACUGAAGAACAUGGUGCUGUCACCACUGUUAUCUGUGGAGAGCUUCACAUGGCACCCUCCAUCACUGCCCAACAUCACUGAAGAACAUGGUGCUGUCACCACUGUUAUCUGUGGAGAGCUUCACAUGGCACCCUCCAUCACUGCCCAACAUCACUGAAGAACAUGGUGCUGUCACCACUGUUAUCUGUGGAGAGCUUCACAUGGCACCCUCCAUCACUGCCUGCCAUCACUGAAGAACAUGGUGCUGUCACCACUGUUAUCUCUGGAGAGCUUCACAUGGCACCCUCCAUCACUGCCUAACAUCACUGAAGAACAUGGUGCUGUCACCACUGUUAUCUCUGGAGAGCUUCACAUGGCACCCUCCAUCACUGCCCAACAUCACUGAAGAACAUGGUGCUGUCACCACUGUUAUCUGUGGAGAGCUUCACAUGGCACCCUCCAUCACUGCCCAACAUCACUGAAGAACAUGGUGCUGUCACCACUGUUAUCUCUGGAGAGCUUCACAUGGCACCCUCCAUCACUGCCUGCCAUCACUGAAGAACAUGGUGCUGUCACCACUGUUAUCUCUGGAGAGCUUCACAUGGCACCCUCCAUCACUGCCCAACAUCACUGAAGAACAUGAUGCUGUCACCACUGUUAUCUCUGGAGAGCUUCACAUGGCACCCUCCAUCACUGCCAGCCAUCACUGAAGAACAUGGUGCUGUCACCACUGUUAUCUGUGGAGAGCUUCACAUGGCACCCUCCAUCACUGCCCAACAUCACUGAAGAACAUGAUGCUGUCACCACUGUUAUCUGUGGAGAGCUUCACAUGGCACCCUCCAUCACUGCCUGCCAUCACUGAAGAACAUGGUGCUGUCACCACUGUUAUCUGUGGAGAGCUUCACAUGGCACCCUCCAUCACUGCCCAACAUCACUGAAGAACAUGGUGCUGUCACCACUGUUAUCUCUGGAGAGCUUCACAUGGCACCCUCCAUCACUGCCCAACAUCACUGAAGAACAUGAUGCUGUCACCACUGUUAUCUCUGGAGAGCUUCACAUGGCACCCUCCAUCACUGCCCAACAUCACUGAAGAACAUGGUGCUGUCACCACUGUUAUCUCUGGAGUGCUUCACAUGGCACCCUCCAUCACUUCACAUGGGCGAGGGUGUUUUUGACACACUCCUUAGAAGCUGUGCGUAAAAAACUGCCACCUACAGAGAUCCCCACAGCUGCUGCAACUUUGCAGCAGUUCACUUCAUGUGAUCCAGCACCUUCUGCUGCCACUUCAUCUUUACAACCCAGUUCCUCUUCCUCUACAACCAUGGACUGUGCUUCUUCUUUGGUACCUUCUGCACCAUACCAAAACCCAUUUGUUGGCGUUGUAGCCUCCCCUUUUUCAUGGUGCCCCAAGGCAAAGGAGGAGGUUCGAUGAUGAAUAUCGGGGCUGUUGUCAAAAGCAGGAAGUUUAUCAUGACCUCAAACAGACCAGAAAUGAUCAUUAGGAGCAGAUAAAACACAUUUCAGAGGGAGAUGUUGCAGCAGCAGCAGCAGCAGCUAGGUGCCUUCACAGAGGCUUGCUGUCAUAUACGUGAGGUUUUAGACGUGUGCAAAGCAAAUAUUCUCGGGUCUGGAGAAUGUGAUGCCGCAUGAUAUCGUGGUGACAUUUCUAUGUAGGCACAGAAGCUCCGUGUCUCAGGGUAAUAGGUUCUCACCCACCACAGACUCAAGGGCUA